CGCGCCGCUUCCGGUGUGGGCGGAAAGCGGAAGUGUGGGAGGGUCUGCGGGGCGGGCUCUGGGAGGUCCUGGGGGAGGAUGGAGCACUGAGCGGGUCGGGGCGGCUGCCGGCAGCGCCAUGGAGACGGUGCAGCUGAGGAACCCGCCGCGCCGGCAGCUGAAAAAGUUGGAUGAAGAUAGUUUAACUAAACAGCCAGAAGAAGUGUUUGAUGUCUUAGAGAAACUUGGAGAAGGGUCCUAUGGCAGCGUAUACAAAGCUAUUCAUAAAGAGACAGGCCAGAUCGUGGCUAUUAAGCAAGUUCCUGUGGAAUCAGACCUGCAGGAGAUAAUCAAGGAAAUCUCUAUAAUGCAGCAAUGUGACAGCCCUCAUGUAGUCAAAUAUUAUGGCAGUUAUUUUAAGAACACAGACUUGUGGAUCGUUAUGGAGUACUGUGGGGCUGGUUCUGUAUCUGAUAUCAUUCGAUUACGAAAUAAAACAUUAACAGAAGAUGAAAUAGCUACAAUAUUACAAUCAACGCUUAAGGGACUGGAAUACCUUCAUUUUAUGAGAAAAAUACACCGAGAUAUAAAGGCAGGAAAUAUUUUGCUAAAUACAGAAGGACAUGCAAAACUUGCAGAUUUUGGGGUAGCCGGUCAACUUACAGAUACUAUGGCCAAGCGAAAUACAGUCAUAGGAACACCAUUUUGGAUGGCUCCAGAAGUGAUUCAGGAAAUUGGGUACAACUGUGUGGCAGACAUCUGGUCAUUGGGAAUAACUGCCAUAGAAAUGGCUGAAGGGAAGCCCCCAUAUGCCGAUAUCCAUCCAAUGAGGGCAAUCUUUAUGAUUCCUACCAACCCUCCUCCCACAUUCCGAAAGCCAGAACUAUGGUCAGAUAGCUUCAUGGAUUUUGUGAAGCAGUGUCUUGUGAAGAGCCCUGAGCAUAGAGCCACAGCCACUCAACUCCUACAGCACCCAUUUGUCAAGAGCGCCAAAGGAGUGUCGAUACUACGGGACUUAAUUAAUGAAGCCAUGGAUGUGAAACUGAAACGCCAGGAAGCCCAGCAGCGGGAGGUGGACCACGAGGAUGAAGAAAACUCGGAGGAGGAUGAAUUGGAUUCUGGCACUAUGGUUCGAGCAGCAGGUGAUGAGAUGGGCACUGUCCGAGUAGCCAGCACCAUGAGUGAUGGAGCCAAUACUAUGAUUGAGCACGACGGAACAUUGCUGUCACAGCUGGGCACCAUGGUGAUCAAUGCAGAGGAUGAGGAAGAGGAAGGAACUAUGAAAAGGAGGGAUGAGACGAUGCAGCCUGCAAAACCAUCUUUCCUCGAAUACUUUGAACAAAAAGAAAAGGAAAAUCAGAUCAACAGCUUUGGCAAGAGUGUGCCUGGCCCACUGAAGAACUCUUCAGAUUGGAAAGUACCACAGGACGGAGACUAUGAGUUUCUGAAGAGUUGGACAGUGGAGGACCUUCGGAAGAGGCUCUUGGCCCUCGACCCCAUGAUGGAGCAGGAGAUUGAAGAGAUCCGGCAGAAGUACCAGUCCAAGCGGCAGCCCAUCUUGGAUGCCAUUGAGGCGAAGAAGCGGCGGCAGCAGAACUUCUGAGCCCGGCCAGCGGAGGGCCACGCCCACACGGCCUUCGGUGAGCUCGGAUCCUCGCUGCUCAGGCUCGUUAGCCACCACUCUGCCCUUGCUUCUCCACGCACCUUUGUGAACUCAGGAAUGUGCGCCGGAGGGAAGGGAUGUCUCGCUGGUCAGCGAGCGAGAUGUCUUGGUGUGUGUGAGUGUCUCAGUCGGUCAGGUUUAUUAUCUCAAAGGACUUCUAUGGGCACUUUUAAACUCAGAGACGCCUAGUCCAAUGGUAGCUGGGAAAGUUUUACAUUGUCUUUUGUUUUUCUUCUCCCAAUAGCUUUCAACUGUUCUCUCUGGAAGACUUUUUAAAAACUAUAAAUAUGCAUAUAUGUGUAAAUUGUAACUAGAUUCCCCACUCAGUGUGGUGGCAUCUCUGUACAGGUACAGUUCUAAGCAGUUUGCCUCUUUUCUGUGAGAUUAUGGUACUGUGGAACAGAGGACAGGCACACUGGGGCCAUGGGGCCACUCCACUCCCAGGAGCCAACCUCACCCUUUUGCAGGGCUGCUUAUUUAAAAAUUAGGUCCGGGCCAGUUUUCACCACAUUUCAGCCUUGCGUGGGUCAUCCCUAGCUCCCGGAGCUGCUGGUGGCGCUCAAGGGAAAGCCUUGAGAGUCCUGUUUACCUUGAGUCCCAGGAGAAGCCUGGCACCUUCUCUGCAAAUUGGCCUUUGUGGUUUCAGCGCCUUUUAUCCACCUCCACUCUCCCAACUGCCUGAGUCACAGCACAGAUCCUGCCCAGUGCCUUAAGAGGAGACGUGACCCAGUGAGGGGACAGGCCUGCUAGGAUCUCCCAGCAAACACGGGGCUAUGAUCAGUCCACAAAAGGGAAGGGCUUUGAAGUUUUCAUUGUUCAUGUGAAGGUCACACGUGUGGCAUUUUGCACUGCAUUCCUUACAGACGGGUAGCGGGCAUUGAUUUUGUGAUCCACAUUCAAAUAUGUGACUUUUUUAUUUUACUGCUAAGGGGUCUGGAAAGGAUAGUGAAUGUCAGACUAAGAUUUGUUCUCCAGGAGGCUCAACCCAGACACGUGGAAGCCAGAGCUAGAGGGGACCCUAGCUGUCAUCUGGUGUGGCUGAGGCUUGGAGAGGGCAAGCAGCAUGGCCAAAAUCACAAAGCAGGUGGAAGUGGGAGCUGGGACUACACCUCGGGCUGCUCCCUCCCCCGUUCACUGAACCGAGCAGCCCCUUCUCCAAGGGAAGAGACCUGUGUCACGUUUGGUUAAGUUACUCCAGGCAAGCCUGCUAAUGGGAACUUGCUCUUGCUUUGUCCCUUCAAUGGGUGAGGCUAUGAAGAGAUUCCCAGGGGAGCCAGAUCCUGUGCCAGCCACUCCAUGGCCUCUGCACCAUCUGCCUGAUAGCAGACAGGCCUCGUGCAGACAGAUUUAAGGCCAAAAGCAGAGCAGAAGGCUCACAGAAGACAGCACUGAGCCCUUCUGCAGCGUUGGCUCAGAGCCACCUGUCACUUAGUCACACGGCAAAGAGGAGACAGUUGGGAAGGGCAAAUGUGUUUUUAUUUUCAAAUAUGUCUUCCUCUCAGAUAGGAGGCUGUGCCUGGGUUGCACCUGAGGACACUGAAAUUUGACCCCAGAAUUGUUUUUGCUUCCCAAACCUGGGAAUCAAUGGGAAGGCAGGGAAUGUUCCUCUUCUGUGGCCAGAUUCUGUUCUUUGCAAUUAAAGCAAGUUUUAAAAAAUGCAAGAGGCAGUUGUUCUGCAGGGCUUGGCCACUUAAGCAGCUGUGUGGCAGAUACAGAGAACAGAGGGCAAUUUGAGGGUCUCCCCGGAAUAGUACAUGGCAGCUAGCAUUCGUUGGCCACAUGAUGUGCCAGGCACACUGCUCAGUAGACUCUUUCUGUGAGCUCCAAAUUUUACAAUAACUCUGUGAGUUAAGGACUUUAUCUCCAUUUCAUAGACAAAGAAACAGGUUCAGAGAAGGCAGUACAGCUAGUAAGUGAUAGAACCAGGAUUCAUAACAUCACUGUAUGGGAGGGACCAGCAUUUACAGGGGAAAGUCUCUUUUUAAUAAAGGGACCACCUUUUCUCACUCAGACUAAGUAACUCUUAACGGGCAUUUUUAAGCUGGGAAGCAGCUGAAUUAGUAGUCAAGUCUGACAGCCAAGUGAGUUUUAAAAACCAUAUCAUGGAGCAAGCACUCCCCGACACCGGCUGCUGUGCUAAUUAGCAGUCCUCCGGCCUCGGCCUCUUGCUUUUUUAAAAAGGACUUUGCACUUGGCCAGACAGGAGGGCAAUGCCCUUUUUCUGUCUUCCUAAGCUAGAGCUAAGUAAAACAAGUUUGUUUUUCCCCAUAAAUAUUCUUGAAUCUUGAUCUGGAGUUUAUUUUGUUUCAAGCAUGUGUGCACCCAACAUGCUGGUCCAACAAAGUGCAUUGCUCUUCAGUCUAGCUGGACAUAGUCUUCUGCCAGAAAGCAAUUUCUUUUGGAUCAGAUAAACUUCCUGACCAGUUGUAUUAGUUUUCUAGUGACAGGAAGGCAGAGGAGCAAAUCCUAGUCAUGUUUUUCCUUGAAUACUAAUGGAGCCCUGAGUGGCAGUCAUGCUCAAGCACUUGUGACUCAAGCUUCCAGGGAACUCGUAGCCCCUUACUUGUUCUCUCCUUCUAAGAAACGAUGACCCACACCUAAUAGUGUCUUUAAAAAAUCUCGAAUUCUCUAAGAAUAUCUUUAUUGCUUCCUCAUCAAUAAUUUUUAAGCAAAUUUCUAUUUUUCCUUCUCCAUUAUUCCUUCUCCCAACCAUUGGGUUGAUGGAUGAGUGUUUGGGUGGGUGGAUGGAUGGAUGGAUGGAUGAUUGGUAGACAGACCGACUGACGCAAUACUUUGAAGCAACUUAAGAACCUUAACCUUAACUUCUUGAGACUACAGAUUUUGAUCCAGGGAAUGUUUAUUUAGCACCUAGCAGGUGCCAGAAAUUUAUUAUACCAUUUAAAACUCAGUAGCUCUUAGCAACAUCAGGAAUGAGAGAGGUCUUUAUUGAUCCUACAGGCUAAUAUUAUGAACAACUUUAUGAACAAUUUUAUGCUAAUAAAUUCAACAAUUUAAGUGAAAUAGACUAAUUGAAAGUACAAAGUACUAAACUCACUCAAGAAGAAAUAGAUAAGCUGAAUCGUCCUAUAUUAAAACAUAAUAGCUCUGGGAGAUCUAGGUAUAUUGUCCUCCUUUACAGAUAAGGAAGCAGGCUCAGAGAAAUGAAGUCUGUUGCUCAAGGUCACAUAGCUAGAAUAUGGCAGAGCCAGGAUUCAAAUUCAGUUCUGAUUCUUAUUCCAGUGCCCUUUCCAGCAUACCAUGUUGCCUCUAAAGAUUGCAGCUCCUUAUUUACUAGAAAACUGUUUCUGUCCACUCCACCCCCUCCCACCCCAUCCUUUCUUAAGCGCUGUGUUUGUGUUUUCAUCAGGAUUAUAUUCAUUGUCUUCGGAAUCCAUGUUCUUAUUUGUGUUUGGGGGGAGGAAAUUCUUCCACCAGCUUGUACUCAGAUCAACUUGGAAAAAAAUGCAUAAAUGCUGUUGCAGAUGUACAACUUAAGAAAUGUGAAGUUUGUAGCUUUAACUUUUUGUAACAAGAACUAAUAACACUGGCUUUAGUGUCGACUUGAAAUGCUGUUUUAUAAGGUUUGGAUGUAAAUAAUCAGUCAAAGUCAGUAGUUUGUAUAUGUAUGAGACAUAGCUUCCUUCUUUGCCUUGUUUUUAAUUUGAGAUGCUUCCUAUGUGCUCUUAUGUUGGAAUUGUCUUCCCUCCUUCCUUCUUCCUAUACCUUUAUUUUAAAUAAAGGCUGUCCUUUUUCUAAAAA